AUGUUAGGAGUCCCCCGAUCCGAGCCUGACAAGAGUGAGGCCGAGCAGGCCGACCCCGCGCACCGGGGCGGCUGGCGCUGCAGUGCGGGCUACGAUCCGCCGGGGACCGCUCGCCCGGCAGGCCAGGCCGGGGACGUCCCUCUCCGCCGGCGGGAGGCGGGGCUACGGGCGGCCGACGCAGCCGCGCCAAUGAGGGCCCGGCGCAGGCAGCCACGGACCCGCCCCCGCCACAGGCUCCGAUGCGGCCCGGCCUGGAGCUCCGGUCGGGAUCCUGCGCCGGGGGACGGGCCGAGCCGAGCCAUGUGGAGCCGCUACCUGGCGGCGCGGCGGCUGCUGGGCCUCAGCCGUGUACAAUUUCGUACCACCCCGUUGGACAGUACUGGUGUUCCACAUAUCCUUGAACACACUGUGCUUUGUGGCUCUCAGAAGUAUCCUUGCAGAGAUCCUUUCUUUAAAAUGUUAAACAGAUCACUGUCCACUUUCAUGAAUGCAUUUACAGCCAGUGAUUACACACUCUACCCAUUUUCAACACAAAAUCCAAAGGAUUUUCAGAAUCUCCUGUCCGUGUAUUUGGAUGCUGCUUUUUUCCCAUGUUUGCGACAACUAGAUUUCUGGUUCUUCACUUAUGGUAACUUCCCAUUGGAGCAGCAUUUGAAACAAAUUCAUGAAGAAGCGCUAACUAAGUUUCAUAGAAUUGAACCAAAUACUGCCAUCCCAGUACAGCAACUCUGGGAUAAGCCUAGAGAGCAUCAUGUGAAAUGUGGUUCAGAUUCAUUUGCUACAGACCCUACAAAGCAGACAACUAUUAGUGUCAGCUUCCUUUUGACAGACAUUACAGAUACUUUUGAAACUUUCACACUUAACCUGUUGUCUUCCCUGUUGGUUGGUGGACCUAAUUCCCCCUUCUACAAAGCCUUACUUGAGGCCAAUCUUGGUACAGACUUUUCUCCUGAUGUUGGGUUUAAUGGCUGCACGAGAGAGGCUUACUUCAGUGUAGGCCUACAAGGAAUUGCUGAGAAAGACAUUGAAACUGUCAAACAAAUUAUUUCUAGAACAAUAGAUGAAGUAAUUGAAAAAGGAUUUGAGGAAGAGAGGAUUGAAGCUCUACUUCACAAAAUUGAAAUCCAGAUGAAGCAUCAGUCUACAAGUUUUGGACUUGCCCUGACAUCAUACAUAGCCUCCUGCUGGAAUCAUGAAGGAGACCCUGUGGAACUUUUGAAGAUUGCAGACAAAGUGACUCAAUUCAGGCAGCACCUGAAGGAAAACCCAACAUUUCUUCAAGAAAAAGUAAAACAGUAUUUUAAGGAUAAUCCACAUAGAUUGACUCUGUCGAUGAGUCCAGAUGAAAGCUACUAUGAAAAACAAGCAAAACUGGAAGCAGAAAAACUGAAACAAAAGGUUAAUGCUCUUUCUGAAGAAGAGAAGAAACAAACGUAUGAAAAAGGUUUGGAAUUAAUUGCUCUUCAAAGCAAACCUCAGGAUACCUCCUGUCUCCCGGCUCUAAAAGUAUCUGACAUUGCGCCUACAAUCCCAUUCACUGAGCUGGAGAUGGCAUUUGCAGCUGAUGAAAUCCCUGUCCAGUACUGUGCUCAGCCGACCAAUGGGAUGGUAUAUUUCAGAGCUGUUUCCAGCUUGAACACACUUCCAGAGGAACUCAAACCAUAUGUGCCACUCUUCUGCAGUGUCAUUACUAAAAUGGGCUGUGGAGCCCUUGGUUACAGAGAGCAAGCCCAGCAAAUGGAGCUAAAAACAGGUGGCAUGUCUGUCAGUCCACACAUCAUUCCAGAUGAUUCACAUCUGGAUGCGUAUGAACAGCAUGCUCUAAAUCAAAGUAUCCUGCUCGCUUUACAAACCAUAUUAUGCAUUAAUCUGCUGAAUGGCCCACACUUUGAAGAAGAGGAGCAUUUUAGAGUACUCGUUAAGAUGACUGCGCAAGAGCUGUCAAAUGGAAUUCCUGAUUCUGGGCAUUUAUAUGCAUCUGUUCGAGCUAGCAAAACCCUUACACCUGCCGGAGAGUUACAAGAAAUGUUUAUUGGCAUGGAUCAGGUGAAACUGAUUAAGCGAAUUGCAGAAAUGUCUGAUAUUAAACCAGUACUACGCAAACUACCACGCAUUAAGAAAUAUUUAUUAAACAGUGAUAACAUGAGAUGUUCAGUGAAUGCUACACCUCAACAGAUGUCACAAGCAUCUAAAGAAGUAGAAAACUUUUUAAAAGGCAUCACUAGAAGCAAAAAAGAGAGAAAACCUGUCCGCCCCCAUGUGAUUGAGGAGCCUACCUUCAAACCAUGUCAGAUGAAGACCCAUUUUCUACUUCCCUUCCCAGUGAAUUAUGUUGGAGAAUGCAUUCGAACUGUUCCCUACACAGCUCCUGACUAUGCAAGCCUUCAGAUCCUUGCACGGUUGAUGACAGCUAAAUUCUUGCAUAGGGAAAUCAGAGAGAAAGGAGGUGCUUAUGGAGGAGGUGCUACACUCAGUCAUAGUGGCAUAUUCACUUUCUAUUCAUACAGGGAUCCAAAUUCUAUAUCCACCUUUUCAACUUUUGAAAAAGCAGCUGAAUGGGCUCAGUCUGGGGAAUUUGCACAGCAAGACAUUGACGAAGCCAAGCUUGCGGUGUUUGCAGCUGUAGAUGCUCCUAUAGCUCCUUCAGACAAAGGGAUGAAUCAUUUCUUGACUGGCAUCUCCGAUGAGAUGAAGCAGAGACACCGGGAGCAGCUUUUUGCUGUCAGCAGCGAUCACCUUAUUGAUGUGGCAAACAAAUACCUUGCAGGUGGGAAGAGCACCCGUGGACUGGCUGUACUAGGCCCAGAGAAUCCGCACAUUGCCAAAGAUCCAUCCUGGGUCAAACGAUAA